AUGCCUCCCUCGCGCGCGCUCGCGGCUCGGCGAGGUCGGCCGGCGCGAGCACAACCCCAAGACGAUGCCGUAAGCGGGUGGCUGCGCCGCCGCUGCGCCGUCGGGGCGACGGCGACGGCGGCGACGGCGGCAGCGGGCCGGGCAGCAGCGGUGGCGGUGGCGGUGGGCGGCGGCGGCGACGGCGGCGGCGGGCUCGGUGGGGGCGGCGACGGUGGAGGCGGUGAGGGAGGCGGCGGGCUCGGAGGCGGCGGCGAGGGCUGCGGCGGCGAGGGCUGCGGCGGCAAGGGCGGCGGCGGCGAGGGCGGCGGCGGCGGCGAGGGGGGAGGCGGCGACGGCGGCGGCGGCGAGGGAGGCGGCAGGCUCGGAGGCGGCGAUGAGGGCGGCGUGGCGAGGGCGGCGGCGGCGAGGGCGGAUGCGGCGAGGGCGGAUGCGGCGGCGGCGGACUGGGCGGAGGCGGGCUGGGCGGCGGAGAGGACUGGGCGGCGUGCGGCGACGGCUGCGGCGGCGAGGGCAGCGGCGGCGACGGUGGCGGAAGUGAGGGCGGCGGCGGCAACGGCGGCGGCGGCGACGGCGGCGGCGGGCUCAGUGGGGGCAGCGACGGUGGAGGCGGCGAGGGAGGCGGCGGGCUACGCGGCGGCGGCGAGGGCGGCGGCGGCGAGGGGAGGCGGCACGGCGGCAGUGGGCUGGGCGGCGGCGGACUGGGCGGCGGCAACGACGGCGGCGGCGGCG